AUGAUUUCUUUUGCUUCUUUUUGUGUAAUUUUCUCAGUUUUAUUUACAACAAUUCCAUCGGUGAAAUCUCAAUCAUUACGACCCACCGGUGAAAUCUUUUUUUCACCAAGAUUUCUUGACUCCGUUCUCCAAGACUAUGCUUUCCGAGCACUUUCCCGGCACCGUCCGAGGACCGGAGUUGUCUACGACGGUAAUGUGCCGUCUAAUUUGACUGGAAGUACCGUCUCUGCCCUCCGCCUGAGAAGUGGUAGCUUGAGGAAAAGAGGGUUUCAUGGGUACAAAGAGUUUGAUAUCCCCAAGGGCAUCUUGGAGAAUCCGUACGUUGAGAGGGUUAUUUUGGUCUAUCAUAAUUUGGGUAACUGGUCGUCGGUUUACUAUCCUUUACCAGGCUAUUCGUUUUUGUCGUCGGUGGUGGGUUUAUUGGCUUACAAUGCAGUUAAUUUGACGGCAAAAGGGUUGCCGGAGCUGGAUCUCUGGACAUCGGAAAACCCCAUUUUGAUAAAGUUCGAAACUUUGGGGGUUGCGCCAGAUGGGGUUUUGCCAAAAUGUGUGUUUUUUGAUUUAUUUGGUGGAGUUGCGUUUGAUCGUGUGCAAAAUGGGAGCAUUUGUUCGAGUGUAACCCAAGGGCAUGUCGGUAUAGUGAUAGAAGAGAGGACACCGGCGCCAGUGCCGGCGCCGCCAAAAGUGCCGGAGUAUCCUAUUGCUGGUGGCGAAGGUAGUGGUGGUGGCGGAGGGAGGAAGAAAGGGUGGUGGGUUGGUGGUUCGGUAGCCGGUGGGGUUUUGCUGGCGACGGUCUUGGUGGUGUUGGUGUUGUGGGUGAGGUGGUGUAGCGGGAGGAAGAGGAUAGGGAAGAUGAAAGCUGCAGCGGAGGGCGGUGCUACGUUAGCGGUGACCGCCGUUGGUCGUGCUAAGGUACCGGUGGCGAUGGGUACUCGGACAAAACCAGUUUUGGAAAAUGAAUAUGUAAGCUAG